CAGGCGAGAGUUGAUUAUUGCAACGCAACUAGCGUCACCAUCGCUGACGGUGUGGCCCGUAAUCGCUUGUGCUCAAGGGAUAGGCGCUAACCGUCGUCAAGCGAAACUCCGCGUAGUACAAAGCCAGGUGGAGCAAUAGCAGACUGACGGAAAAAGCGAAAAACGCUCUCGUAGCUAGCUCCUCGAUUGGUGGCGCAGUUGGCGCUGAAAGCGUUACGUGCUAUUUUAGAGGUAAAUAAGACUGACUGUUACUACGACGAUGCAGAAAAGCGAUAUCGAAAUAGAUACCGUUAACGCUUAGCUGUGGCCGUAGGUGUGUGUACGUGUGAUGGUCACGUAAAUCUCCACAAGUGUCGACAAGUGAGUCACACACGACCGGACGGGUAGACAGACAAACAUACGGAUAAAUCCACAGAUAACUCGUUCUCUCAAUCCCCUUCACUUAUAUAAUUUCUCUUCGCCCUGAAGUUGGUGCCAGUUCAAGCGUAAGAGUAACUGGCGAUUUUGUUAUGAGUGACCCCGAGCUCGUUCUGCUAUAGCGCGGUGCGAAAUCAGCUAGAGAUCAUCACUGUUCUGCUUACGUUACGGCAACGACUUGUUGCUGUCGCACCUGCCCAGGUCAUAGAAGCUGCGUCGCCUAACGGAUAUAUCCGUUGUAAAAAAAAAAAAAAAAAAAAACUACAGAUAAUCGUAUAGUGCUAAAUAGAUCUGCUCGCGAAUACCAGUUGACGAGACCAACGAACGAGUAACAGCAGCCAGAAUAACGACAAACAGCGAUGCAAUCGACUUACCGGAACAGGAAUCGCUUACGGCCUACGCUCUUCACUGCGACGCAGUGUGUGUUCAUUAUUGAUUGAUAAGUACCAAAAGACAGAGGCUUCUAAAUUUCAAUACAUCGCUCGCUUGCUGAUCGCUUAGGAACGUAUAGGAAGAAUCAUAGUGUUCGAAAUCGGUUCUGUGCGCAUCCCGUUGUGCCUGCCGUCGUGCGUUUACGUGCUGCUUUGACACUUGGCGCGAUCGUCCGUAAGAGAUAGUAGUCGGAUUAAGUUGUUAUUGUCUCGUGUGGUAUGGAGAUCACUAUUAUACAAAGUUUUCAAUCGUCUUAAUCGUUCCAGCCAACUUGAUGUAAUCAUCGGCAUCGUUAGCCAAUGCUCUCAACCUUUUCGUUGUUGAUCCGGCUGGGUAAAAGUUGUACGCUUUUACCUCAUUUUCGAUCUGCUGCUGAUCCUGGGUAUGUCCAUGUACCGCACACAUUAUAACUCUGCCCUGGCCUCCAUAUUUCUUGCAAAGUAUAGGAUCAUGUGGAACCUGCUAUUGAGACACGAAGCAGUAAUACGGUAUUUACUUCUUUCCUAGCCAACUUAAUUGUAUCAUUGUCGGCUGCAUAGAGUAAACAACAACGGAGCCCGUACGACAUCGUGGCCAGCGUCAACGCAAGCGCGUGAAAUCUAAUCUAUUGAAUAAUCAGCAACGUCAUAGCGAUACGGAUGUGUUCUUUGGUCGCGAGCGAACUGGCCACGGUUUGCCAAUGGACGCAGCGAUAUUGCCCUGAAAAAACGUUACAGAGAAAUAUAGGACACCGAACGCAUUCGACAUUUCGAAAACGAAGCAAAUGGUCCUCGACGAAUCAGUAACUAAGAGAACGCAUCUCCCGUGUCAACUUUGUGCCGCUGUUGUCUGUUUAGAAAAGAAACUCAAGAUAGUUCCAGUCCAAAACUACACUACUUUGAGCAUUUUCUCUUACUUGGCCUACCUAGGUCGUGGUCUAGAUCGAGGUCGGCUUUGUCUUACGAUGUUGCUUACCGAAAGUGAACUUGUAGGUGUCACAACAUAUCUGCUCAGAGAACCUAAGAACUAACCUAUUCGAUCGCCUAAGGACACGGGGUUGAUGCAAAGUCGCGUUGAUCGGUUACCAAUGCCUCUUCUUCUAUGCUUAAUUGCCCUUACCUGUAGUUGUGUGAAUGUUGCUGCUAUCUCGUUGCUGUGAAGUGCAUUUCGAAGUGCGACAGAGUGAACCACGAGCGAUAUGGUACUCAUGCUUGAGGAACGUGGUGCCGGAUGCAUUUUAACGAGUUGCAGUCUAGCGGCACCCCGGGCAUCAGUUCAGGAUAGCAGAACUUGUUUGCCCUGUGUAUCAACAACGAGCAGCACCCUUUGCAAAAUGCGUUUGCCUCGACCACAAAAAGUCUCUCUGAGGAACAGCGUUCAGAAAGUCGACCUACCAAGUCAAGUGCCUCCGCUGACCCCAGGUACAAACCAGAAGAUGGCAAAUAUGCUUCAGUUGUCCUUUUCGACCUGGGACAAGGUUCGUGAGAUGUUUAACACACCGCGAGAUCCCCGCGCGUGGUCUCCAGAGGACGUCACUCAUUGGCUAUCGUGGGCGGCUAGUGAGUUCUCGUUGCAAGGACUGGAUCGGUGCCUCUUCGAGUCGCUGGGAGGCCGCGAGAUCUGUGCACUUGGCAAGGAAGCGUUUCUUAUCAGGGCUCCGCCUUACACCGGAGACAUCCUGUGGGCGCAUCUGGACAUGCUCCUGAAGGAUACGCAGAGUAACAAGGGUCCAGCGGACAUCGUUGACGGCUGCCAGGGUACCCAGUUCGCGAUGACCACAAACCCAGCGGAGCUAGACCAGUUCUUCAGCUCGGCGCUGAACGGCGCUGGCGUCGCCACGAAUCAGCCGGAUGUCACCUUGACAGCGGUUAAGAAAACGGAAGAUUCUAACGACGGAACGGCGUUCGAUUCGACACGCCUUAACGGAUACCGACUGCCAGCGGACGUUCAAAUCAAGGUCGAGAAAUCCGACUGUGGCUACCUGAAUGAUGCGAUGACGGGAAACUCGGCCCCGGAUGCUUCCCCCGAAGUUAUCGUCGGCUCAGGAUACGAGGAUCAACAUUACGGGCCUGAUCCUAGUCAGUACUAUCCUCCGUACUACGACCAACCCCCGGAGUUCUACCCAUCAACGUCGUACCAUAACGCAUCGUACAAUGAUGUUAAAAACGUAUCGACAUACACCCACAAGAACCUCAUGGCGACUUCGCCCUCAUCAAAUUCGCCUAUCGUACUCAAGCCCAGUAGCAACAACAAUAACAACAACAAUAACAACAGCGGCAGCCCUACUAACAACAAUAACAACAAUAGCCCAUUUCCUAUCUCGAUAACAAGUUCACUUCUAAAUGUCAAUACCCUAAACAAUAACACGUUGCUAAUUAACAACAAUGCAACAGGAACGAAUAGCGGGAAUGGACAGCAGACCAUGGGAAACUUCUUCGACUCAUCACCGUACGAUCCCCAAUUCCAAACCGUGCCUCAGGUAAGCGCCAGCGUGCUCAGCGCGGCCGUUCAACAGCAGCAGCAGCAGCAACAGCAGCAGCAGCAGCAGCAGCAGCAGCAGCAACAACAACAACAAGCUGCCAAUAGCCGGCAACAACACAGUGGACUCCAGACGCUCCACCAAAGUCGUGCCGACUCAACCUCACCGCCAACACCCUGGGGCGGCGUACAGAACUGUUUACAGCAACAGCAGCAGCAGCAGCAGCAGCACAGUCCGCCCCAAACGACGAUUACGCCUAUAGGGGGAACUCAAGGCGCGCAGAGGUUCGUUAGCACGUCAGGCGCUGGUACCGUCUCAGGUAACGGGAGUAAUCUUAAUGGUGGAACUGGGCAGACCGGUGGAAUCGAACCGUUUCAUUACGCUCCGUACUCGCUGCAACGGUAUCAGUUCUCAAACUAUGCAAAUGACUCACGACCGUUCAUCCAGGCGUCAGUGCUGGCCGGAAGUGCCCCUAUUCAGCUAUGGCAGUUUCUGCUCGAGUUAUUAACAGAUAAAUCGUGCCAGAAUUUCAUCUCUUGGACAGGCAAUGGCUGGGAGUUCAAGCUUACCGAUCCCGAUGAAGUCGCUCGUCGAUGGGGCCAUCGUAAGAACAAACCGAAGAUGAACUAUGAGAAAUUAUCCCGAGGACUGCGCUAUUACUACGACAAAAAUAUCAUUCACAAAUCAUCAGGAAAGCGUUAUGUGUACAGGUUCGUUUGUGACCUUCACACGAUCCUUGGCAUUACAGCGGAAGAUCUACAUGCGGCAGUCAAUCUUAAGACGGAUCCAAAGAAAGAGGACGAACAAAGCCCUUUGACAAUUACCCAGUGUUAAUUAACUGCUUAAUGAGGGAGCAAGAGAGAGCUGUAAUACCAUAGCUUGUCUUUACUUCAGCCAAACGUAGCAAUUGCGCGCAACACCACGUAUCAACAAUGACGGUACAAAGAGAGUCAGGGCAGCAACGACUAAUGGCAACCUUUGCAAAAUUCAUUACCAGCUCGUCGUCACUGAUAAAAUCAAUAUAUCGUAAUGCACCAUAGUCGAAGUCCUCUGGCUUCGUUCACUCUUCUCCCGCGCGAGCAUCGACUGUUACGCUAGACGUAAGCUAGGGAAGUUGAGGCGUUAACCAUAACAAAAGGACCAACGGGAAUACAAAAUCAAAUUAGGAAAAAAAAAACAAGGUCUAAACGCGAAUCUAUGAAAAAGAAAAAAAAAACUUUAUUCGUUUAUAAACAUUAUUCUACCCGACUGUUGUUGAUUGACACGCUUUUAAAGGACGUACCGCCUGGGCGCGAUGUGUGGGCCAAGACAAAGAUAUAUCCCCUUGUUAUAAUGCUAUAAUGUAAUGUAAUCAAACCUCUAUAUAUAUAAUAAACGGCGGCCUAGUGAACGACUCAUUGUUGAUUUCACCUAAACUGCAAUCUCUAAGAACGUAUUGCAGCGCCGUACGAAGCCGCGACAUGAACUGACUGAGGUCUUAUAAACUGAAAGUAACAAAGAGAA